UGUAUUCAUUCCCAACAGACUGUCUCCCCAAGUGGUCGGCGGUGGAAAUAAAGACGGGAAUUAAGUUUAGGAAGUUCAGUAAGCAGUGAGUUUACCUGCGCUCAGGUGCGUUUGGAAAGCUGACGGUCAAGGAGUGGCAUAGCAGGAAAGAGGGGAGAGCACAAAAAGAAACAACCAGGAAAAAUUACGGAUGAGAACGUGUCCUUGACAAACACUGAGAAACCGGGGGGAAUCAUCAACCGAUAAGAUUUUCAAACUGAAAUACCACUUUAAAAAAAAAAAAGGAGAGGAAAGCAUCCGCAACAAUGAGGAAAUCUUCAUAUCAAGCAAGAUCAGCCAGCGCUCGAGCAAGAAGAACAGAAAGAGAGGGAUCUGGCAUCACCAGUCCCACGCUGAAGCGGUCAUUUGAGGUGGAGGAGACGGAUACAUCCACACACCCCUCACCCUUGUCUCGUCGAACCACCAACCCUCUCCGCUCAUCCACCUCCUCCACAUCCAGCCAGCGGAGCUACGACCUGAGCUCUCGCAACUCCGACUACUCCUCUUCCAGAUCUUCCCCCUCCGAGUCCUCUAAUCCACGUUCUCCAAAGACCGGAAUGAGGCGCAUUGAGUUAUCAGGGGGUCGUAACCCUGACACAGCUUCUUCCCGCCGCACAGAAAUCUCUAUUGAGGUCUCCUCCAAGCAAAUUGACAACUCACCCAGUGCUGGCAUCGCCCGCUUUGGCCUCAAACGACCUGAGGUCAGCCUGAGCAGUCGGAGCUCUGCUCUGGACAGCUCCUCCAACUCCAGCUCCACAAACAGGCGGGCAGAGCUCAGCAUGACACGGCCCCAUGAGCCCCCUGCCCCUCCCAAGAGGAUGGAUGCACAGCUGUCCUCUGCCCCAGUUUCUCGGAUCCCUGAGCCCCCCCAGAGAAGAGCAGAGCCCCCGUCCCCCAUCCUCAGCCCAGCUGAGGGGGCCUCCAGGAGGCCAGAGAUGCCUGUUUUCAGACAGCCAGACGGUUUGGUGCCAAACAGUGCAAUGGAGAACAACAACCACCUGCCUCCUGCACCUAGCGCUCCCCUGCCUUCCCUAGCAGAGCCCCGGGUGGAGAGGGUGCAGUCGCCCCCAGUCACAGAGGCCCCCACAGCCCGACCAACAGACAGGCCAGAAGUGAUCUCCAGCUACAGCGGCAGUGCCAUGUCUGAGGCGGUGGUGCCCGAUGCUAUGAUGUCCCCAGCAGUGGGUGGCCUGUAUGGGGAGAAGGCCGGUGGCCCCGCGGUGGACUUCAGUUACGUGGGUAUCGACGCCAUUCUGGAGCAGAUGAGGAGGAAGGCCAUGAAGCAGGGUUUUGAGCUCAACAUUAUGGUUGUGGGACAGAGUGGCCUUGGAAAGUCUACUCUGAUGAACACACUGUUCAAGUCUAAAGUCAGCCGUAAGUCAGUGCUGGCUACAGCCCAGGAGAAGAUUCCCAAAACGAUUGAAAUCAAGUCUAUCAGUCAUGACAUUGAGGAGAAGGGAGUGAGAAUGAAGCUGACAGUCAUUGACACACCAGGCUUUGGAGACCAGAUCAACAAUGAGAACUGCUGGCAGCCCAUCAUGAAGUUCAUUAACGACCAGUAUGAGGCGUACCUGCAGGAGGAGAUCAACAUCAACAGGAAGAAAAGGAUCCCAGACUCCAGAGUUCACUGCUGCAUAUAUUUCAUCCCCCCAACCGGACACUGUCUGCGGCCUCUUGAUGUAGAAUUCAUGAGACGUCUCAGUAAAGUGGUCAACAUUGUCCCGGUCAUUGCCAAGGCAGAUACACUCACCCUGGAGGAGAGGGACUUCUUCAAAAAGAAGAUCAGGGAAGAGUUGCGAGCCAACGGGAUUGACGUUUACCCUCAGAAGGAAUUUGACGAGGAUGCAGAGGACAGAAUGAUCAAUGAGAAGAUCAGGGAAAUGAUCCCAUUUGCUGUGGUGGGCAGUGACCAGGAGUACCAGGUCAAUGGCAGGAGGCUGCUGGGUAGGAAGACCAAGUGGGGAACCAUUGAAGUUGAGAACAUAGCCCACUGUGAGUUUGCCUAUUUAAGGGAUCUCCUCAUCAGGACCCAUAUGCAGAACAUUAAGGACAUCACCAGCAGCAUCCACUAUGAAAUGUACCGCGUGAGGCGCCUCAACGAGAAUAACACGGUGGUGGCUCAUGCCAAUGGUAUCCCAGAACAUCAUCUCACCGCCCACGAGAUGUAGACGCCGCCUGCCCUGCCGCAGUUGACCUCAGCUGGGUGUAAUUCAUUUGCUAUGAGACUUUGACCUUCAUUGACAGCCUUCCCACCACUCCAGCCCUCCACUCCAGCCCCCAUCUCACAGGUGGGAUAGAAACUUAAAAAGGCCUGCCAGAGACUUUAUUUUCAAUAUUUUUUGGCGGCUUAAUGGACAGUUCAUGUCAAUUUAUUGCCUCGUUAACAAACACUAUCCUCUCACUAAUGCUGACAAAGAGAGUGAAGAGACGUUUGCUUCUUCGUAAUGUGCUGCAGCUUGAUUUUUACCUGCUUCCAGAUCUUACAGUUAACCUCUGGUUUUUACGUGUGGUGCCAAAAUUUCAGCAUCCGCCAAACGGAACAGACUGACACCCAACAUGUUUCAGUCAGAAUUGCCUUAAACAGUAACAUGUUAAUCUUGUCAACUUUUACUUUUUUUUUUCCAAGUUUGAUAUUUUUUAGCAGUGUUUAUAAGAAUUCAUGCCGUAACAGAAGCAGAGUUUUCUCUCUUUAUGCACACAGCUGUAUCAAAGCGUGUGUGCGAAGUUGUCAUAUUCUUCGAUGCACUUGAUCACUACAUGAUCUGUGAGUGACAGCAUGUUGGGGAGGGGCCGGGCAGCACUUUGCCAACAUGUGACCCACAUACAGUCAUUCAGCUCUCGCCCGGUAGUUAAACAAAAAAAAAAGGUUAUCAAAUAGCACAUCAUAUGUUUGAGUUUAUCUUUUUUGUCACAAGCUGUGUUUUGCUUUAACUGUUCUAUGUUUGUGUAAUGUUAAAUAUGGAUGUCAGGGCCUUGACAUCCUUUUUAAAUUCCCAGUAAUAAAUGUCAUUGUUUAUUAAUAGAAAUAUCUUAAGAGUGAUCUAAGAUGAAUAAGUAUUUAUGCACGAAAUAAAAUGUGAACAUAUGCCAUCAGACGCGGUCCACUUAUUCAGAUUAUUCACACAAACGAACGCAUACUUUUCCUGCUGGUGGGCCCGUCAUAGUGCCUUAUUUAUUGGAGAACGUUUGCUCGUAUGUUGGCUGAAACUGGAAAGAGAGCAGGUUUGUUGGUGCCAAGUUAACUACAUUUACAGUAUACAUUUUUCAGUCGUUGUCCCUUCCCUAUUCAGGAAAAAAAAUCUAUUCUUCCACUGACCGACCCACUUUUUCUAUUUUCCAUAAUAUAUCAAGGUCUUUGUCUGUUUGAACAAUAUAUAAUUCCCUUAACUGUCACUGUCAUGCUCUGUCCUGUAUAUUCCUCUGUGUUCUGAUACAUUUUUUUGUACUUGUAUUAUUGAUAAUAACAAAUUUUCCUUUAUCUUAUUUUAAAGAAAUAAAGAUUAAAGUUGUAAAUAUUAA